GUCCAGACAUCCAUUAUGAAGGUUGCGGCCAAACGUAGUAUUCCGCAAACACGCGAUCAGACCAUGUGUUAUAUGAAAGUGAAAUAGAAUUUAUAAUGGGGAAGUCAAGACAGGGCUUCAAUUGGAAGGCCAGGCAGAUUGUGAGGACAGAUAUAGACAAUUCAUCAACUGCAAAGAUUAAACUAGAUUCCAGUUUUAGCGAACAUGAUAAGUAUGAUGAAUGCAACGCGUUGGUUAUACCUUCUCAAAAGAGAAGAACUAAGAAGAAAAACGAUGCAGUUACUGUAACAAAGAUUCUGUCCAAAAGUCAAAGAAAGCGUCUGCAAAAAAUUGUUGAUAGAAAGAAGAAGAAAGAAAAUAGAGCUACGCUCUUGGAGGCUUUGUCAAAGGCUCAAAUACAACCAGAGUAUUUGAGUAAACUCACAUCCAUAGCAUCAAUUCAGACGAAGGGUUUGAAAAGAUAUUUUCUUGAGCAAGAGAAGGGUGAUAAAAAAAUAAAGCGAAAGCACAGAGAUGAUGAAAAUGAAGAAGAAAUGCAGAACAUUAAUAGUAUUGCUGGCAGUCAGAAACGUAACCGCUUACUAAUGUUGGGUAUUGAUGUAAACAGAACUUCAGAAGAAAAUGAUCCAAAUGUUGUGGGAUUUGAGGUAUCAAGUGAUUCAAGUGGUGAUGAUGAUGAUGAUGAUGAAAGAGAACAGUUAGCGGGGGGAAGUACUGUUCAUGAAGGUAGUGUUCAACAGAGUAGUACCCAGGAAGUUGAGAGUACUGAAGUGGAUAAGUCUGUUGCUGAAUUGUCAUCUCAGACCUUACCUUGUCCCAAAAAUCAGGAAGGAGACAAUGUUAAACACAUGGAAAAGUCUCAAAAUGUUACAAGAAAGCCAGCAGUGUUUGUUCCAGUGGAUAGGAGUUCAGAAAUUCAGGACAGUCGACUCAAGCUUCCUAUAUUGGCCGAGGAGCAGGCCAUCAUGGAGGCAGUAAACGAAAACCCUGUUGUGAUUUUGGCUGGAGAAACAGGCAGUGGGAAGACUACUCAAGUUCCCCAGUUUUUAUAUGAAGCAGGUUAUGCAAGGGAUAGUAAAAUAAUAGGUGUAACAGAACCAAGACGAGUAGCUGCCAUCUCCAUGUCAAAACGUGUUGCAGAGGAGAUGAAUUUAUCAAGCAGUGAGGUUUCUUACCUUAUCAGGUUUGAGGGCAAUGCUACUGACAGAACAUGUAUAAAGUUUAUGACAGAUGGUGUACUACUUAAAGAAAUUCAGAUUGACUUUUUGCUGUCUAAAUACUCGAUCAUCAUCCUAGAUGAAGCUCAUGAGAGGAGCGUGUAUACAGACAUUUUGAUUGGUCUCUUGUCUCGCAUUGUGCCUCUGAGAAAUAAACGAAGUAACCCUCUGAAACUUGUCAUCAUGUCUGCUACUCUGAGACUGGAAGACUUCACUGAGAACCCACGUCUCUUUAAGACCACACCACCUGUUAUCAGGGUGGAGUCUCGCCAGUUUCCUGUCACAGUCCAUUUUAAUAAGCGAACAGCAGCUGAUUAUGUAGCAGAGGCUUUCACUAAAGCCUGCAAAAUUCACACUCAGCUGCCUGAAGGUGGAAUUUUAAUAUUUCUUACAGGACAGCAAGAAGUCAAUGCCUUGGUGAGGAAACUUCGAAGAGCUUUUUCAUUUAAAGACAGGAAGAAUAAAAAUAGAAAGAAUAAGAGAGAUAUUUCAAGAAAUGAUACUGAAAAUAUGGAGUCAGAAACAGAAGAUAAAGUUGAAACUGGUGAAGAUGAAAUGGAAUUGGACAUGCAAAAGGCAAUUCAGAAUGCUCGCAAGGCAAAGAGGAAACAUAAGGGAGAUGUGACAUUACCUUAUAUAAAUCUCGACAACUAUUCUGUCAUCCCAGGGGAUGACACAGAAGUGGAUCUCCUGGAAGAAGAUGAUCUGGGGGAUAUCGAGUCAGAUGAAGAUGAGGAUGGACUGAAUUUGAGAGGCUUAGCAGCGUGUCAGCCGAUGUGGGUGUUGCCUCUGUACUCCCUACUUCCAACUAAUAAACAAGCUCUGGUGUUUGAACCUCCUCCUGAAGGUAGCAGACUGUGUGUUGUGGCAACAAAUGUAGCAGAGACCUCUCUCACCAUCCCCAAUGUGAAAUACGUGGUGGACUGCGGGAGAGUCAAGACGCGAAUGUAUGAUAAAAUGACGGGGGUAUCUGCAUUUACUGUUACUUGGUGCAGCAAGGCAGCAGCCAAUCAGAGGGCUGGGAGAGCAGGACGAAUGGGACCAGGACACUGUUACAGGCUGUACUCAUCUGCUAUGUUCAAUGACCAGUUUGAAGAGUUUGCUGCUCCAGAAAUACAGCGCAAACCAGUGGAUGACUUAUUAUUGCAGAUGAAAGCAAUGAAUAUUGACAAAGUCGUCAAUUUCCCUUUUCCAUCGGCCCCAGAUCUUUUGCAGAUCAAGUGUGCAGAGAGGAGAUUGGUUCUUCUUGGGGCUUUGAAGGAGCCAAAGAGUAAAGAAGACUGGACUUCCAGAGUAACUCCGCUGGGCUAUGCCAUAUCAGCGUUCCCCGUGGCACCACGAUUUGGGAAAAUGUUGGCCCUGAGCCACCAGCAUGGCUUGCUUCCUUAUACAUUGUGUAUGGUUGCUGCCCUCUCUGUUCAAGAAGUACUGUUAGAGGUUCCUAUGCAUGGGGGCCAAGAAGAAACAGAAAAUCCAAAACAAACACGAGCUCAUUGGAUUCAGACCAGAAGAAAGUGGGCUGGAGUUGGGAAUUCAUUGUUUUUAGGAGAUCCAAUGGUGCUUAUACGAGCAGUAGGAGCGGCAGAAUUUGCAAGUAGACGGGGCCAGCUGUUGCAGUUCUGCACAGACAAUGGGUUGAGACACAAGGCAGUCACAGAGAUCCGCAAACUACGGCUACAGUUAACCAAUGAGGUGAACUUAAAUGUGCCUGAUAUUGACCUGUGUGUUGACCCCAACAUGCCUCCACCAACAGAUGUUCAGUCCAAGUUACUUAGGCAGAUUUUGCUCUCAGGAUUACCUGAUCAGGUCGCCCAUAAAGUAGAUGAAGCUGAAAUAAAAGAGAACGAGGACAAAGUGAAAUGGAAGCAUGCAUACAGAUGUGCAGAGAUGGAAGAACCUGUGUUCAUGCACUCGGCGUCAGUCCUGCGGAAGAAGAGCCCAGAGUGGGUGGUGUACCAAGAGGUGUUUGAGACCAACAAACUAUACAUGAGAGGAAUUACUGCGAUAGAACCUGAGUGGCUGCCCAUUUAUGCACCCGCUCUGUGCAACUUAUCACCCCCCCUUCUUGAUCCAGCUCCUCGAUAUGAUGAAAUGACUGAAAAAAUAUUUUGUCAUGUCACAGGGACUUUUGGUCGUGCAGCAUGGCAGUUACCCACUGUGGAAAUAGAAUUUCCUCCGAGCCUUGAUUGUUACAAGUGGUUUGCUUGCUUCCUUCUAGAAGGCAGCAUCUUUCCAAAGUUGGAAAAAUAUAGAAAUUCAUUACUGAGUGUUCCAAAAACUAUGGUGAAGUCAUGGGCAAAGUUGCAGCCCAGGACAGAUAUUCUGUUGAAAGCGCUGGUUGCUCGGCAAGUGGACUCGAAACCAAAGCUGUUGGAAGCUUGGAAGAAAGACCCUUCAUAUCUCUUAUCAGCAUAUCAGAGCUGGGUACCUGAAUCAGCUCAUAAUGAUGUCGCACUUUCAUGGCCACCUGUGUAAUUUUGUCAAAAUGAAUUAUCUGUAAAAAAGAUUUUAAGGUAUGCAUCCUGUUGUGGAGAUGGAAUGUCAACCUAACGAUUUGUAAAUAACUGAACAAGCAGAAUGAUUUUUUGGAGUAUAUUUAUCGUCUUUGAUUUCAAAGGCCAUUACAAAAAAAAUACUGUUGACGACAGCUACAUAAAUCAUAAAACACAUAACAGAAAAUACACGAGAAAUGGUAAUCCCAUAAAACAUAUUCUAAUACUUCUUUCCAAAAACUCUGUAUGUCUCUUUAGAACUGGACAUGGGGGGAGGUAUGGAAUGUGAGAUUAUGGGUUUAUGGAUUAUGUAUUUAUUGCUAAUGUUAUGUAGUGAAUUUCAAAACUGAAAAUGUAAGGAUGAAAAGCAUAUUUAAAGCUUCAAAGUUUAAAUCCAUGUGACAAACACCGUUGUCACUUUUUCAUUACUGGAAGAUUGUGGCGGUUGUUUUAACAAAUUCACUGUGCUUCUUUAUGUAAAUGUAUCUUUGCACAUAGGAACCAAGCUGUGUUAUAUAAAGGAUCCACAAAGUAUUUUUUA